AUGAACACCGAUCUAGCACUAGCCGAUAGUGGACGGGAGACGUCCGGCUCAUCCCGGAGCACGAGUUCCGAGACGGACGAGUGGGAGCCGGUGGUGGAAGGAGCAGAGACAGGACACGCGACGACCAACUGGGACAAGUCACCGCGAAUCAACAGCCCCUGGACGCUCAGUCCUCGCGUUGUGUACCACAACCUACGAGCAGGCCGUUCGUUUUCGAAUCUGCUGCUACACCCCGACUCUGAGAUGAUUACGACGAGUACUGCGCCGCUCCAGGAUGCCCGAUCGCCGUCGUCGACGCGACAGGCCAUACUGGGAUUUAUGGGCCGACGGGCACGAUCUGCGACGACGGGCACUCCUCCAGCGGUGAACCCCACCAGUCCGUCCCCGCCCCUUGCUUCGCCCAAUCUUCCCACCGACGCAGCACUUGGCCUGUCUCCAAACCAAAACCAGAGCACAAGCCAUCUCCACCUCCACCUGCCCUCUCUGCACCGCCACUCGCCUGCGACAGACGAUGCUCCCAGCACUGCUGCACGCCUUGGCGGCAUCUUGCGACGACGACGCAGCAACGGCGGUGAUCUCUCUCCUCUCGAAACCCCUGCUCCCACCACUCCUGCUGCUGCUGCCCAACCGGCGAUCUCUUCCUCUCGCACCCACACCGACUCUGCCAGCAACACCCCACGCGAGGCCACGGCUGCUGGCACCGGUCCUUCCCACCGCCUGCGAUUGGUCCCCCACCUUGAUCCCCAGGCACGCACCCUCCACUUUGAACCCAUCGUGCGCGAGGUCAAGGCAGGCGGUCCCGUCCUCCGCAUUGGCCGUUUCACAGAGCGAGUCGUAACUGCGUCUAGGCAACCCGACUCGACCAAGAUCGCCUUCAAAUCUAAAGUUGUGUCUCGUGCCCAUGCCGAGAUUUGGUGUGCUCCGAGUGGAAAGUUUAUGAUCCGCGACACUCGUUCCUCAUCGGGCACAUUCCUCAAUCACACCCGUCUCUCUGCGCCCAACAUCGAGUCCCGCCCUACUGAGCUCCAUGAUGGUGACAUUGUCCAGCUCGGCGUUGAUUACCAGGGAGGCGCUGAGGAAAUCUAUCGAUGCGUCAAAAUCCGCGUCGAAGUCGGUCGCGAAUGGCAGCGCGAGGCCAAUGAAUUCAACACCGGCGCACUCAAGCAGCUCCAAACGCUCCAGGGUCGGGGAACAGACAGCGGCAAGGAAAAGGCCAAGGACAAGCCCCGCACCAGCACCCCAAGCGUCAUCGCCGGUCCGAGCAACUCGCGAAAGACGAGCGUGGCUGAUUGCUGCAUCUGUCUGUUCCCGGUCGGCAUCCUGCAGAGCUUGUUCAUUGCCCCCUGCUCCCAUUGCUUCCACUACAAGUGCAUUCGGCCUUUGCUCAUAAAGCACCACCCCGGCUUCUCUUGCCCACUCUGCAGAACAUUUGCCGACCUCGAAGAAGACGUCGAGCAAGAAUACGCCCCGAGUGUCCACGCCCCGAGUGUCCACGCCCCGAGUGUCCACGCCCCGAGUGUUCGAGCCCCCAGCAUCUAUGCUGCGUCUGUACAUGAAGCCGAGGCUGUCGUCGGCUUGAUCGAAGCGGCAGUUGCGGCUAAUGCCCCAAGGGAAUGUGUCGAUGUGUGUGUCGGCACGAGCCCUGAGCAUGGAACCAAAGACUUACCACCUGUGCCCGGCGACGAGGCUUCGGGAUCCAUGACCAGGCAAUCGACGCUGGAUACUGGCAGCGAUCGACUUCGGCCAGAAAGUACCCACUCGGGCCCGCCACACAACUCGGAUGGCGGAUCCACCCCUCGUGGGUCGAGCGAAGAUCUGAGGGCUGCUCAGCGGGGAUUGUUCGACUCGACCUUGGUGUCGGACGAGCCAGAGGACGAACUCGUGCGCGUACCGGGCGGGAUCAUCGUCCCUCGCUCUCCCGAUCGUGAACACGACAUUUUCAAUUCCGCCACCCCCUUGAACAAUCAGUUCCUCACUCUGACCGCGCUCAACGGCGUCGGAUCGGGCCUUCCUUCUAUCCCUUCCGUGGGGGACAUCCCUGCCCUCCGCCACACCUCGGAAUACGAAUCCAGCGUCGACUUGGCCACACCUUACCGAGCCCAAGACACCGAGUCGGCCAAGCACAUUCUCGUCGACGAUGAAGAGGAUGACAAUGACAAAGAGGAUGACGACGCGCUCGUGAUCGACAGCAUGAAGCGGAUGAGCGUCGCGACCGAGACCGAGGCGGGUCCCAGCUCGCAGGUCAAGAAGAUCUAG